AAAAGUAAACAUGCACUAUGUUACCUCACCUGACCUGUAUUUGAUUUGAUCUUGGUUCUCAGUUCCCACUCCAACAAAAAAAAAAUGGUUCAGACAUCAAAGUCUGAUGAGGAUGUAGUAAUAAAAUCAGCAGUAUAUUCAAGAAUCCUUGUAUUCACCCUAAUCAUCUUCUUCCGAAUUCUCGCUUCCCCUUACGACACCUCCGCAUCCUUAAACCCUCCAUGCCUCACAUCAAACGACACUCAUCAUUCCCGCAUCGAUUCUUCUAUCCAAAACGGCGUCGUUUGGGACUCCGUUUACUUUAUCCGCAUCGCUCAAUGUGGCUAUGAGUAUGAACAAACCUACGCCUUCUUACCUCUUCUUCCCCUUUCCAUUUCCUUCUUCUCUCCAACUCUUUUUUCUUUCCUUCCUCAAAGAUCGCUUCUCGCUUUCUCUGCUUAUCUUAUCAACAAUCUCGCUUUUGUUCUUGCUGCUCUUUACUUUUACAGACUUUCAGUAAUUAUCUUGAAGGAUACUGAUAUUGCACUGCGGGCUACGGUUUUGUUCUGCUUUAAUCCUGCUUCUAUAUUUUAUUCAUCAAUAUACGCGGAAAGUUUGUAUGCUGUUCUUAGUCUUGGAGGAUUGUACUACUUUGUAUCUGGAAAAAAUAAUUUUGCUGUUCUUCUUCUGGCUCUUUCUGGAUGUGCAAGAUCUAAUGGGGCACUUAAUGCUGGCUAUAUCUGUUUUCAGACUAUGCAUCGGGUUUAUCAUGCUCUGUUUCAAAAUAAGAAUGUUACUUUGGCAUUGCAGAUUAUUAUUGUUGGAGCAUUACGCAGUGCAUGUAUAUUUGCUCCAUUUGCAGCUUUCCAGGCUUAUGGGUACUACAAUAUGUGUGUUGGCCGUCUUCCAGAUGAAAUAAGGCCUUGGUGCAAGACAAGGGUACCGUUACUUUACAAUUAUAUUCAAAGUCAUUACUGGGGUGUUGGUUUCUUGAGAUAUUUUCAGCUGAAACAGUUGCCCAACUUCCUUCUUGCAUCUCCAAUACUGUCACUGGCAUUUUUCUCAGUUGUUCAUUAUGCCAAGUCAAGGCCUCAGGUCUUUUUCUCGCUGGGUUUUGACACUACUAAUGAAGAAAAGAGCUCUGGAGUUGUGUUUCUGUCAAGGGAUCUUUCAAGGUUCAAAGCAGUUGGCAGUGUGGAGAAAUCCUCUGUCAGAGUAGAAGAACAUUUCAAUGUUAGGAGAAGAAAGGAUCCGAUCAAAGGGGAUGUUUCUAAUGUUCGCAUAGAAUCAGAGUCAUCAGCCAAUCUGGGAUACUUGUCUGCAUCUGUUCUCCCAUUUGUGUUGCACUUGGGAUUCUUAGCAGGCACUGCUUUUCUUGUCAUGCAUGUACAGGUGGCAACUCGUUUUUUGUCUGCGAGCCCUCCUCUUUAUUGGUUUGCUUCAUAUAUAAUGGCAUAUCCUACAAAAUAUCCUAGAUGGGGAUACCUGAUAUGGGCAUACUCGGCAGCAUAUAUUCUUCUUGGAAGUUUGCUAUUUUCAAACUUCUAUCCUUUUACAUGAUAAGAAGAUAGACAUAUGGUUCUCCUUGAAUGAAUAUCAUGAAGUGAUGCACCUGAAUUUAAGAUGCCUGUCGGGUUCUUCGGCCAUUUGGUGGUUUCUAUUUGAUCUUCUUAUGCGCCUGUUGUGUACUAUUAUUAGUGGGGAAAAUGCCCCCUUCGUGUAGUUUAGAUUGUAGUCUGUAAUCAUUGUAAUGAUCUAGCCUUAACAAAGUCCAAUUCUUUUUUAACUUUUGCUUAUUUGUUUCCUGUUCCCAAGUUUCUUUUGAAGUUCAUCACCCCUUCAGUUACAAUGUAUGUAGUAUAUAUGCCCCGAAUGAUUUUUUGUACGUGCUAUACAUAACUUUAUAUGUA